AUGCCACAGACGAAAGAUCAGGAAAUUUUUGAAGUCCCCAUCAACGAUAACGAAAAGGAUGAAACAACAGUUGACAUUGAAAGAAAAGUUUCUUCACCAGAAAAUAAUCAAGAUGUCAUAAGUGCAGAUUCCGAAAAGAAGAAAGAUAUUGAAGUCCAACAAGUCCAACCAACAGAACCUUACUGUGCAUUAGCUUUUAAAAGAAAAGCUAUAAUUAUAGCUAUAAUAACCCUUGCUGGUUGUUUAGGUCCUAUUGCUGGUAAUAUUUAUAUCCCAGUUUUACCCCAAUUACAAGAAGAGUUUUCGGUUUCUGCAGCUACUAUUAAUGGAACAGUUUCGGUAUUUAUGGUUGUGUUUGCCAUUGCACCGUUGAUUUGGGCUUCUUGGGCAGAUUAUGGAGGUAGAAAAUUAUUAUAUUUAAUACCUUUGGUUUUCUUUAUAUUGGCUAAUAUUCUUUUAGCUUCUGUUCCUGCAAAUAUUACUGCUUUAUACAUCUUAAGAAUUUUACAAGCAUUUGGUGCAUCAAGUGUUAUAUCAGUUGGUGCAGGUACUGUUACAGAUAUUAUAGAACCAAAGAAUAGAGCUAAAGCAAUUUCAAUUUUCAUGUGGGGUCCACAACUUGGUCCAGUUUUAGGACCCGUACUUUCAAUAAUUGCUACUAAAGGUGAUUGGAGAUGGAUAUUUGGGUUUUUGGCCCUUUUUGGUAGUGUUGUCUACAUUAUCAUCUUAUUCUUUCUUCCAGAAACUUUAAGGUAUUUAGUGGGUAAUUCCUCUUGUUAUGAAAACACAUCAAUUUUUGUGAAACCAAAAUGGAAACAAGAAAAAUUAGUGGAUGGAUAUCCAGUACCACCAAAACCAAGUCUUAAAAAUUAUUGGAAAAUUUUAAAAUACAAGCCUGUUUUGAUUUGUUCAAUUAAUGGUGGUUUAUUGUUUGCUACAUUCUAUGGAGUCUCAAUAACAUUUGCACGUGUUUUGCGAGACCAAUAUUCAUUUACUAAUGCUCAAGUUAGUGCAAGUUAUAUCUGUCCUGGCUUUUCAUUAAUCGUAGGUUCAACAGUAGGUGGUUGGUUAUCUGAUAAAUUAAGAGCAAGAAUGAUUAGAAAACAACCUGAUAAAUAUGUUGCAGAACAUAGAUUUUCAUUACAGAUUUUUGGUCUUGUUAUUUCUAUGGCGGGAAUUUUGGGUUAUGCAUGGACAGUUGACAAGCACGUUCAUGUUUCUGCUGUAUUUAUAUUUACCUUUUUGACAGGGUUUGGUAUGACUUGGGUAUUUGUUGCUAAUACUACAUAUUUAACUGAAUGUUCAACUGGUCAACCUGCCACAAAUGUUGCAAUUGGAAAUUUUGCAAGAAAUAUUUCUGCUACCAUAUGUACCGCAAUCAUUGAACCACUUAUUAAUAGAAUGGGAUUUGGCUGGUGUUUAACUGGAUUAGGAUUAACAGAUUUAGCCGGUAUCGGGUUUGUCAUUGUUUUAUUAAAAUAUGGACCUAAAUGGAGACGUGAAUAUGUAGAAUCUAAAUAA